ACACGAGUGCAGCGCGGUGUCAAGCGCAAGAGCGCGCUCAACAUGGACUCUUCUGAAGAGGAAGAAGCUCCGUCUUCCUCGCACCCCUCGUCCAGGGCUUCCUCUGUCGUCCACUCCUCACCAGCACCCUCACCUCCGCCCGCAUCUAUACCUGUACAGGAAAAGAAAGCUGCAAAGCUGACACGCAUGGUCGUCCUCUCAGAUAACGAGGACGAUAUCCCCCAUAAGCCCGCUACAAAGGGUGCGGGUAGGGGCAGAGGCCGGAUGGUGGCCGUCGAAGCGGACAUGGACGUCGACGCGCUGCCGAGCAAGAAGGAGAUGAGUCUGCAGGCGAUGAUGGAUAUCGACGACAGUACGUAGCAUUCUACUC